AUGGACCGAACUUUGUCCACUCGGGACAACAACAAGAUGGCAGAGAAGAGUUAUGUUUCGAAUAACACCGAAGUGCACGCAUCUAUAGCGGGUACAUGGAAAUGGACGUACAGGCACAGGAAAAAACAAAAGCCGUUCUAUUCUCUUCUCAUAAAUAGGAAAUUUUUUGGAAUUCACCCUCUGCUUGUGUGUAUAUGUGUUGUGUCAGGGCGGAACUUGCUAGACUGGAUCGGUCUAGGUACUGGGCCCGACCAGGAUCCAUACCUGGCGAAAACAAAUUCCUUCUGCUUGAAUGGAGAUUUGGCGUCCUGUUUUCAAUCUCGGGCACUCUCCUCGUUAGAUGACUUCUUCGAUAAGCCUAGCUACACUUUAACUGAAAACGCGCGUCUCUUGAGGUUGUCGGAAACCCAUCUGAGGUCCAUUAGUCAGGAACCGUACGAGUAUUCUCAAUCGCCGAGAUCAGACGAUUCGGAAUGGGAUCAACUGGUUAAAUUCGUCCUCAGAAAGGUAGAAAAGUUUAUGAAAUCGACUGCGAUCGAAGUCGACUUCGAUAACCAAGUAACCGAGAACGGAAGAUACUCUCCGCGCUUCAUUGACGAGGUCGUAGACGAAAUCGAUGUACUGGAAGAUAAAAAGGAUUCGCUUUUUAAACGCAAAAAACUCAAGAAGCUCCUGAUUCCGAUGUUGUUGGUGCUGAAAAUCUUCAAGCUUAAAUUGUUGCUAUUCUUACCUUUCAUUCUCGGGUUGGCUUCCUUCCAGAAAGUGUUGGGUUUCCUCGCUCUUGUAGUCCCAGGCGUAAUCGCGUACUUUAAAUUCUGCAAGCCUAACUUUCCAUCAAACUUUGGAUCGAGCCAGUUUGCUGGACCUCAUUAUUCACCAUCCGGUCUCGCAUAUCCAACCCAUUUCAGAGAGCAACCAAAUUUCGUUCAUCACGAGGAAUACGCUCCUGGCCACAGCCACGCGGGUCUUCAUUUUAGAGAUGACAAUUCAGCACAGCAAUUGGCUUACAGCGGGUAUUCAGAGUACAGGAAUCAAGAUAAGGGCAUUGAAGCUGAAACGGAUGUGUCAACCAGAAAAUCCAUCUUGCCUGACUCAUAAAUGAUCAUGGAACUUAUAUGCCUAGAACACCGAUUAGUAGAAGACUAAAGCCAUCAUUUGGUGUCUCAACAAAUCAGUAGUAAUAUGCUUAUACGUUUAGAAUGUUAUCUAUAUGUGAGUUACCUAAACCGUGGGUCUACUGGGGAUAUAAAGCUUCCAGGAGAUCUAGCGCGACAUAUAACGUACUUUAUUUAUUAUUGAUGCAUCUUAAUUUCCAUAAGUUACGUUAAGAAGAAAGCAAACCAGUCUUCUAAAUGAAAAAUAAAUUGUUUCUGUUAUUGAAACCUCACAAUCAAUUAAAUGCAAUGACAAUACUGUAAUUAAACAAAAGUAUUCUUAUAGCUUCCCAAAACUGACAAAUGGAAAUCUUUCGAAUAUUAAAUUAGAUUUCAACUAGGUGACCCGAUUAUUGAGAGAUUUUCAUAAUUAAGAAAAAAAAAUUAUUUCAAAUCGAGUGUCCAAAUUCUGAAAUCUGAUUGGUUGGAAUUGUCGCUCUUAGCAGUGAAAUUAAAGGCAACGUUCUUACUUGGUAUUUUCAUAAAUUAAUAAUAAUGUUGAAAACGGUAGAAAGUCCAAAAAAAUCAUUUUUGCAAAAAAAUUACGUAGAAUUUGACAAAAUUUGCAACGAAAGCGCAGAACCAAUACGCAAAUCUUUAUUUUUGUUGCCUUUAACCUCGGGGAAAACCUUCAAAGUUUGUGAAAUUUGACGCAAUUCGCGUCUCGACUACUAGUAAUCGGAAGGGCGUUAAUUAAAAUUCAAGCUGGUCAAUCAUGGACGAAGAUUGGGGGCUAUUAGGCGGUGUAAAUGAGGUCGGGGUCCUUUUAAGUUCUCAAGGGUAGGAUCUAAUGACUUGUGACGUCUGGGGCGUCGUGCCCUGGAAAACACAUUCUCAAUUGUUACAUUUUUCUUCUGGCUUGGGUUUCAAGUAUGCUUCAGAGUGUUUGAGUGAUUAAAAUUUUAUUAAAUUUUUACCAUACCUCUUAAAAUAUUCCUAAAAUGUGCUUCCAAAACUUAGUCCAAAUACUCAACAAUUUUCAUUAAUUUUUUAGUUACCUAGUUUGUGAAAUAUGCCUUCUGUGAUAUGUAUUUAUGUACCAUAAGAUUAUAUAGCUAUUAGAUAUUACGGAGCCGCUGCUUAUGUUGAAACCAACAUCAAAUUAUUUUGAAAAGAGACCAAUCAAUGACAUUUCAAAUAUCACCUUCAACCAAGUUCAACAAGUUUUCAGUCUUGGCAUAUUCCUAUGUUCUUAUGUUCAGGCUUAAAAACAAUUAAGUGUGUGAAUAAAGCUGUUUAUAAAGAAAAUGGCAAUAAAAUUGCAGGUCAUUACGGCUCUUAUAUUAUCUAGUAGCUGUAUGCCAAUACUAUAUGUCUAGAUUUUGGUGUCGUAAGCUUCACCACAAGCAAUAUAUUUUUAUAACAUAUUUUAGGCUAGAAUGUCAAUGUGAAUUAAGUUUGUUUUACUAUUUAUUUUCAGUCUCCAUUAUAUGCGAAUUUAUUUAAGCAACGAUUAUUAUCUUGAAUAUACCUCAAAGAUCCUUAAGAAAAAAUAUUCAGACGAUCCCAUAGUGAUUGUUUGAAAAACGAAAAAUAUAGGACCAUAUUCAAAUUUGUACAUCUACAAAAAUGUAGAGUUUCUAUUUUUAAUAAACCGGACAGUUUUGAUUGACCGACAAGAACAAACAUUAUGGUCAGUUGUGUAUAAACUCAUGAUCGAUAUUUUCUAAUACAGGAAUUUUAACAGAAGCUAAAAGUGUCUUUCAUACUAUUUUGUUCAUCCUUAAUUUCCAAGU